AUGUCGAAAAAUUCAUUAACUUCGGAUCCCAAGCGUCCUAAUAACAUUGUUCCAUAUCAUCUUCCAAGGAAAGAUGUGGACGAAGUUGACUUAGAUUUCUUCGGAGUUGUGUCGCUCUUGUUUAGUACAGUUGGCCUCAUAAUAAAGAUAAAAUGGGCUUGUUGGGUAGCAUUAGCUUUUUCCAUUAUUUCUAUAACAAAUGAAAAAGUAACAGACUUGGAUGCAAAUAGUAACAAAACAUCAUCCUUUACCAGCAUCUUGUUUGCCGUAUCCGGACUACUCAUAAAUUACAUGUAUCUGAUUAUUGGAAUUCCAGAUCCCGCAAAGAAAGAUUAA